UAUUUCUAGGGUUAGUUACUGCUGCUCUCAACUCUUCCCGGAAAAUAAACCGGCGCUGUCUUCACGUUCACUAUGGCCAGUUCUAGCAAGGAAUCAGCCGCCAAAGUUAAUCUAGUUGGUAAGCGAAACUCGGAAGAUGAUUUGGAGAACAAACCGAUUCUGAAGAGACAUAAGGAAACAUCCGAGGAGAAGGAGACAACGGAAGGACUUGCUGAUCCUAGUAGUCUCCUGCAGAAGUCUGAUCAGGCUAAUUUAAUCCCAGUGAAGGAGACAGUGGACGGACUUGAUGACACUCCCGAAGAUUUUGUUGAGGGAGCUGCCUUGAUGAAAAAUACGCUCUUUAUUGCCGGUCUGUCUCGCCAUGCUAAAAUACAAGAUAUCAUCGAUUUCUUCAAAGAUGUUGGACAAGUUGUUGAUGUUCGACUGGCUGUAAAACCAUACGAUGGUAGGCGUGCUGGCUAUGGCUAUCUUGAGUUUGCUUCUCCUGGUGAAACAAAAAAGGCGCUGGAAAAGAAGAACGGUGAAUGUUUGCUCAAUCGCAAGAUAAUUCUUGAUGUGUCUAAUAAGAUAGCUUCUUCACUAGGCCCUCCACCCAAGUAUUCCUUAGAUCACAAGGUCUGGAACGAAGACUGCCUUCGACGACAAAGCCGUCUGGUAGAAGGAGAUGAGACACCUCCCGAUUUUGCUGAGGAAGUACUCUUUGUUGCCAAUCUCUCUCCCCAAACUAAAAUAUCAGAUAUCAAAGAUUUCUGCAAUAAUGAUGGAGUAGUUGUUAGUGUUCGACUUAUUGUAAACCAGGAGGGCAAGCAUGUGGGUUAUGGCUUUGUUGAGUUUCUUUCUGCUAACGAAGCAAAAAAGGUGCUGGAAAAGAAGAAUGGUGAAUACUUGCACGACCAAAAGAUUUUGUUGAUGAAAGGACACGGCAAAACUCCCGUUUCUGCUGACGCUGUUUCCGUAAGAACAACCAAGACGCUCUUUGUUGCCCAUCUUACCCCCCAAACUAUAAUAUCAGAUAUCAUCAAUUUCUUCCAAGAUGUUGGACAAGUUGUUCAUGUUCGACUUAUUGCUAACAACAAGGGCAAGCAUGUGGGCUGGGGCUUUGUUGAGUUUGCUUCUGCCAACGAUGCAGAGAAGGCGCUGGAAAAGAAGAACGGUGAAUAUUUACAGGAUGGGAAGAUUUUUCUUGAAGCGGCUAAGAUGGAUCCAUUUCCUCCACCCAAGUAUUGUAUAGAUCACAAGGUUUGGUUCGAAGACCACCUUCGACAAGAAAGCCUUCUGAUAGAAGAAGAUGGGGCAAUGGAAGGACUUGCUGAAACUCCCGAUAUUGUUGAGGAGGUAAGAAAAAAGACGCUCUUUGUUACCAAUCUCCCUCCUGAAACUAAAAUAAUAACGAUCAUCGAGUUCUUCAAAGAUGUUGGAGAAAUUGUUGGUGUUCGACUUAUUGUAGACGACAGGGGUAAGCAAGUGGGCUGUGGCUUUGUUGAGUUUGCUUCUGCUAACGAAGCAGAGAAGGCGCUGGAACAGAAGAAUGGUAAAAAUUUGCGAUAUCGUGAUUUUUUGUUUCGUAAGAUUUUUCUGGACGUGGCUGAGAGAGCUUCAUACCCAAUUCGACCCAAGUAUUGUAUAGAUCACAAGGUUUGGUUCGAAGACCACCUUCGACAAGAAAGCCUUCUGAUAGAAGAAGAUGGGGCAAUGGAAGGACUUGCUGAAACUCCCGAUAUUGUUGAGGAGGUAAGAAAAAAGACGCUCUUUGUUACCAAUCUCCCUCCUGAAACUAAAAUAAUAACGAUCAUCGAGUUCUUCAAAGAUGUUGGAGAAAUUGUUGGUGUUCGACUUAUUGUAGACGACAGGGGUAAGCAAGUGGGCUGUGGCUUUGUUGAGUUUGCUUCUGCUAACGAAGCAGAGAAGGCGCUGGAACAGAAGAAUGGUAAAAAUUUGCGAUAUCGUGAUUUUUUGUUUCGUAAGAUUUUUCUGGACGUGGCUGAGAGAGCUUCAUACCCAAUUCGACCCAAGUACAACCUUGCAGAGAAGCUUUGGUACGAAGACAACCUUCUACGAGAACCGAAUCUGAAGCAACAGAAGGAAAAAUCCGACGGCUUCUGCGGUAAGAAGACUACCUUCUCUCCGGACGAGGACUGAUAGAAGAUGAAGCUCUUUGGUGUUUUUUAACUUGUGAUACGAUGUUGAUUGUUUGUAUUUAAGUUUUAUUUAUUUUUUGGGUAAGAUUGUCUGAAAGUUAGAUUAUAUGGUUAAAUUUUGAA